GUUAUACAAUAUGUUACUAGCUAGUAUGGUUAAAAAAACAUUUAAAAGAUUAUCAAGAGCUGUUAAGCCGGUGAACUACAAAAUAUCUCUAAAACCUGAUCUUACAAACUUUGUUUUUGUUGGAGAUGAAAUUAUUAAUGUUGAGGUUACAAGAGAGACAAGAAGGAUCACUUUAAAUAGUGUUGAGAUCAAAUUGUUAUCAGCAACUUUUGAGUCUGAGACUUUAGCUGUUUCUAGCAAUGAUAUUGUUUAUAAUACAGAAGAUGAGACUGUGAUUUUACACUUUCCACAAGCAUUACCAAUAGGUUUGGGUAAUCUUUCUAUAUCAUUUCUCGGGACUUUAAAUGACAAGAUGAAAGGAUUUUAUAGAAGCAAAUAUAAAUCAAAGUCUGGGGAAGAUAAAUAUUGUGCUGUUACUCAGUUUGAACCAACUGAUGCAAGACUAGCUUUUCCAUGUUGGGAUGAACCAGCCUGCAAAUCAACAUUUGAAAUUACAAUAAUUGCACCAAAAGAUAAAGUUGUUCUAUCAAAUAUGGAUGUUAGCCAUCAAAAAGUUGAUGACAACGAUGAAUCUUUACAAAUUGUAACUUUUAAUAGGACACCAAUAAUGUCAACAUAUCUUGUUGCUUUUAUUGUUGGUGAGUUUGAUUUUGUAGAGGGAAAAACUGAGGAUGGCAUUAAUGUUCGUGUUUUUACUCCUGUUGGAAAAUCUGAUCAAGGAAUGUUUGCAUUAGAGAUUUCUUUAAAGACUCUACCAUUUUACAACAAAUACUUUGGGAUCUCAUAUCCAUUACCAAAAAUGGAUUUGAUUGCUAUUCCUGAUUUUGCUGCAGGUGCAAUGGAGAAUUGGGGUCUUGUAACUUACAGAGAAACAGCUUUGUUAGUUGACCCAUUUGAAUCUUCCUCUGCAUCAAAACAAUAUGUUGCUUUAGUUGUUGGCCAUGAACUAGCUCACCAAUGGUUUGGUAACCUAACUACAAUGGAAUGGUGGACUGAUUUAUGGUUAAAUGAAGGUUUUGCAUCUUGGAUUGAGUAUUUAUGUGUUGAUUAUUGCUGUCCAGAUUAUAAAAUCUGGACACAGUUUGUUGCUUCUGAUUUUGUUGCAGCUCAAUCUCUAGAUGCUCUUGACAAUAGCCACCCUAUUGAAGUAGAAGUUGGACAUCCUUCUGAAAUUGAUGAGAUUUUUGAUGCAAUAUCUUAUUCUAAAGGUGCUGCGGUUAUUCGCAUGCUUCAUGAUUAUUUAGGAGAAGAAGAUUUUAAAGCUGGUUUAAAUUCCUAUCUUAAUGCAUUUAAAUAUAAAAAUAGCAGAACAAAUGAUCUUUGGGAUCACUUGGAGAGAAAAAGUUCAAAACCAGUAAAGCAAGUUAUGAGCACCUGGACAAAACAAAUGGGUUUUCCUGUUUUAACAGUGACAUGUGAACAAAUCCAGUCUACAAGAAUUAUCCAAAUUACUCAGAAAAAGUUCACAGCAGAUGGUUCACAAGAUCCAGCAAAACAGUUAUGGGCAGUUCCUAUUAAUAUAUCAACUAGCAAAAGAAAUGAAAUUAGAACACUGAUGAAUGACCCUGAUAUGGUUCUAUUUUUGGAUAAUGUGUCUCCAGGAGAUUGGGUCAAAUUAAAUCCUGGUAUGACAGGAUUUUAUAGAACUAGUUACUCUGCUGAUAUGAUUGAAGUUCUUAUACCAGCAAUAAACUCUUUGCCUGCUGUUGAUCGCAUUGGUCUAGAAAAUGAUUUGUUUGCUCUAGCUGUGGCUGGUGUCUCUCCUACUACCAACUUUUUAAAUUUACUAGCUGGUUACAAAGAAGAAACUGAUUACACUGUGUGGUCAGACUUAAGUGGGAACCUUCACAAGCUCUCCAUUAUAAUACAAAAUACUAAUAGUUUUAAUGCUUAUAAAAAUUUUGUGAUAUCUUUAUGUAAACCUGUUGCAACUUCUCUAGGAUGGAAACCUUUAGAAGGAGAAGAUCAUUUGACUGCCAUGUUGAGAUGUUUAUUAUUAAAAAGACUAGGAUUGGCUGGUGAUAAUGAAAUAGUUGAAGAAAGUAAACAAAAGUUUUUAGAUCAUGUAGAUGGUGUUCAAUCUAUACCUGCUGAUUUACGUUCAGCAGUAUAUAGCACUGUUAUGAGUGUAGGUGAUCAUAAAACACUUGAGCAGAUGUUAUCAUUGUAUCGUAAUACAACAUUAAUGGAGGAAAAGAAUAGAAUUCUUAACUGUCUUGGAUCAACAGAAGAUCCUGAUCUUAUUAAUGAAAUUUUAAACUUUUGUUUGUCUGAUGAUGUUCGACCACAAGAUACAGUAUCUGGCAUAGCAAGUUGCACUGGAAGUUUAAUUGGUCGUAAAUUAACUUGGGAAUUUACAAAGAAGAACUGGAGUGAGUUUACACGAAGAUAUGAUGGUGGUUUUAUUUUAUCAAGGCUUGUUAGUUGCACCACAAAAAAUUUUGCUACUGACGAAGAGUUUAAAGAUAUAAAGCAUUUUUUUGAUGAACAUCAAGUCGCAUCUGCUGAACGUGUCAUUAAGCAGAGUCUGGAAAACAUCCAAAUCAACUGCAAGUGGCUGGAUAGAGAAAAAGACAACAUUGUCAACUGGCUUUUAUCUUUAUAAAUGUAAAAUAAUGAAUUUUACUUUUGCAA